CAGUCACAAAAUGAAAUUACCCCGAAUCUUCGAAAGCCACGGUUCCGUUGCCACCAAGCCAACCCAUGUGGCUAUGUACCAUGACAGGUACACUGCAGGGGAGACUACUGGAGGCCUCAGUGUCCUCUUCACUGUGUUAUGCAUCAUAGACCUGUUUGGGGUGUUCCCUGUGGUCGCUCUGCCGAAGAGCAUCAUAUCUUGUGGUCUAUAUGGAAUACCGCUGGUAUUCGCAGUUGUUGCUCUACAACUUUAUACUGCGGUUUUACUCGGCAGGAGCUGGAUUCUCGCGCAUGAUAUCUCCCCAAAUAUCAGAGAAAAAAGUCGGUUUCCAUAUGCAGCAGUGGCAGAACUAGCUUUUGGGAAAGCCACCCGCAGUAUUGUUACGUUCCUCAUAGACGCGACCGUGUUCAGCGCUGGCGUUCCCAAUUUUAUAUUUGCAUCUCAAAGCAUGCAGUUGUUUUGGUGGAAGAUAACAGAUGGUGAUGUGAGAGUAACGUACUGCGUGUGGAUGGUCGUCAUUGGUCUACUGCUGUGUCCAGUCAUGUGGCUUGGAUCACCCAAGGACAUGAAACCUAUAGCAGUAACAUCAGUAUUUAUAGUAACGACAGUAGCUGUAUCGACAUGGACUUGCAUCAUCACAGACGACUCCUCGCCCCCCGCGUCGGGAGACGUGUUGGAGUAUCUCCCCAGUACAAGGGACUUCCUUGUAGCGUAUGGGAUUAUGGUUUAUCAGUUCGACAUCCACCCCAUGUUGCUGACCCUACAAGUGGAUAUGAAAGAUAGCCGGCGCAUCCACACGGCCGUGCUCGGCGGGUUCGCGGUCACUGGCUUUAUGUUCACCGUCACUUCGUUCCUCGCGGCUAACAGAUAUGGGAAUAACGUCGAGAGUAAUAUAUUGCAAGGCAUGCCACCCUCGAUAACUCUGUACAUAGUGGCGCUGCUGGUGACCCUGCAGCUCUGCCUCUCCAGCGCUGUCGGCAACUCCGCGCUCUUUCAGCAUAUUGAAGACUUGCUGAAGAUACCCAGAGAGUUCUGCUUGCGACGCUGUCUAAUCCGCUCCAGUAUUAUAGCAUUAGCAGUGUUCCUAGGAGAAUCGGUACCAAGAUUCGACCUGGUUAUGGGUUUAAUAGGCUCAACACUUACAGGCCCGCUAAUGUUUAUUUUCCCGCCGUUAUUUUUCUUAAGACUCUGUUAUAAAAAAUCGCUUUUGACAAAAAGCGAAGUGUUGCCAGAUGAGAAAAUACUGCUCAUAGACAACAACAACGGAUUUAGGAAUGAUAUUGUGCUGUCAAAACCGCCGCGCCUGUGCGAAUCUUUCAGCACAAGAUAUAACACGUUCAAGACGACUCUUAAACGAAUGGGUACAGAUGAAAUGGAAGAAUAUAAUAUAAAAUGGUAUGACAUCGUUCUGGCUGUGAUAGUAAUGCUGUUAGGUAUUUUAGCGACUCUGUUAGCCACGUAUUCAAGCUGGUCAGACGCCAUCAUGUCAGCGACGUUUUCGACGCCAUGUCUGAUCAACGCAACCGCCGCCGCACGAAGCUUUAUCGAAAGAACUACAUAAAAUGUGAUCUUAUUUUAAGAAAAUAUUUCUCAACAAUUUAUAGCUAAUCUAAGAAGCAACGAAUUAGUUGUUACUUUAAUAUUAUAAUUGUAAAUAAAACUGUUUCAACGA